AUGCCAUAUCUAUAAUCUUUAAGUAACACGUUCAAAAAGUUUAAUGUCUAUACAAGACCUGUGAGUUUAUUACUUUUGAAGGAAUAAGGACAUAGAACAUAUUUGGGAGUUUUCCUCACCACAAUUCUUGUGAGCCUUGUAAUUUUAGUUUAUUACAGUGGAUUGAUGUCACUCAUAGUUAGAAACAAUCCAAGUGUUAUCACUUAUACACAAUAUUAGGAACAUCAAAGUGCAUUUUAUUUGACUCCCUCAAAUUUCAGCAUUGCAAUUGCUUAGAAAGGAUUUGAUCUGUUAGAUUCUUAUAUUUUAGAAGGAGCCCUUGGAGGAGUAGACAGGUAUUAUAAUAAUUAAUAAAAUAGUGAUAACUUUCAGGAAAUACCAUUAACAAAAUGUAUAGAUUUUAAAUUUAGUGAUCCUUCUUUGAAUGCUUACUUCGAUAAGACGGAUCAAAUCUGGUACUGUUUAGACUGGAAUUCGAUUGGUUCAAUAAUGAUUGAGGGUGGUUUAGAAUCCUCUAAAGAUAAAUCAUUAUAAAUUAUAGUUAAAUAAUGCACCUCAAUGUAUAUUAUUAAAUUAAUCCUAGAACCUAAUGUACAUAUCCUAAUAUAUUAGAUAGUGAUUAAUUCCUAUUUAAAAUGACAUCAGCCAAUACAGAUAUCUCUAACUUCAAAACUCCUGCAUCUCUUAUUGGCAAAACUUUCAGUCUUACAUCUCUGACUAAGUUUGCCAAAUAAUUGAAUAUUAUACUCUAACCACAAUAAACCCAAACUGAUAAUGGGUAUAUCAUUCAAGAUUAAUAUUAAGAUACACUUCUUUCUAUUUCUAAUUAUUAUGAGACCAUUCUUGAUAAAGAUUUUGAUUAGCAUAUAUUUGAAAUUAAUAUUUCACUGGAUCAAAAAACUUUAAUUACUUAAAGAUCCUAUCCAAGAGUAUAUUAAUUCUUAGGAGACAUAGGUGGUUUUUGGGAAAUUAUUUUUCUAUGUUCUCUUUUAUUCAUUAUGCCCUUUAAUAAUUUAUCAUACAGAGUUUCUUUAUUAAAUGAACUUUUCAAUUUUGAAUUAGAUUAUGAUAAUAAAAUACAUCCAGAACAUAAAGGUAGUACUAAAGUUAAAGAGAUCUUAAAUAAAUCUGUUUAACUUGAGAAAUUUAAUAGAAUGUCUAAAGUUGCAGAACAUGAUGAAUAAUAAAAAUCUAAAUUAUUAGAUUAAAUUUCUAAUGAUAUCACAUAAUUUUUUAAAGAAUAAGAUAGUAAAUUAGAUCUAUAAUUAUUUGAUUAUUUUGGCUGUUGUUAAUGUAAAAAGGGAGGAAAAAGAGAUCUAAUUAAUUUUUCUAUGAGUAAAAUCACUCACACUCUGGAUAUUACUUAUAUCAUUAAAAAACUUUAAGAAAUUGAUAAAUUAAAAUUGAUUUUAUUAAAUUCUGAUUAAAUCAAGUUAUUUGAUUAUUUACCAAAACCUAAACUUGGAUUACAUAUGAAACCAAGUGAAAAUGAAUAUUGUUCUAUUCUAAAACCUGAAUUAUCUGAUUUGGAUAAAGCUUUAGAAGCUUAAAAAGCUUUUCAGGCACUUUAGGAUUAAGAAGAUGAAAUUACACCUAAAUUAGUCAAACUUUUAGAUGAUGAUCUUGUUUCACUUUUCAAAUUAUAACUAAAUAAAGGUGUAAACCGUUUCGUGAAAAAACCAGCUUAAUUAGCUGAUGCAGUCUAAUAAUUAAUGCUUAUUAAUGCUAAAGAAAAAGAAAAUAAAAAGGAAAAAGAUAAAAAAAAAAAAAAAAAGAAAAAGAACGAAUCUAGCGAAUCAGAAAAUUCAUAAUCAUCUGGUUCUGAUAAGGAAUGA